AUGGUUUUUUUAAUAAAGGCAAUUAUACUCUUAUUACCCUUGCUAAGCCUAGCAUAAAGAGUAAAACUUUAAGGAUCGAAGUCUAUACGUAUGAAUUGCAGAGAGAUAGACAAAACAAACAAUGGCUUUUUGGGAAGUUAGUACUUUUAUCAGUCCCUUUCAUAAUCUAGAACUCUGCAAAAUCUUGAUAAGAUUACAUUUACUUUAUGGAUAAACGUUUAUGAAUAAUCCAAAUUAAAUGGGAAGUAAAUUUUGUUUGCUUUUGUUGAUGGCAACACAAAUAAUCCUUAUCUUAAUUUAAUGUUGUAUUACUAAUAAUCUACAGGAAAUUAUAAUAUGACAUUAACGAAUUAGAGAUAGUCUCCAGAAAUCCUUAACUUAACACGGUAAAAUGAUCUUUAUAUUGGCAGCUGGUAUCAUAUAGUUUUAUCUAUAGAUUAAAGCACGAACCAUACAUUUAUUAAUUUGAAAUUUUUUUCUACGAUAGAUUAAUAGAUGAAUUCAAUUUAGGAGACUCUAGUGAAUUAAAAAUUAAAAUAUAACUUUGGGGUACAUUCUAGAAUAACAAAUGAGUAAUUAUUUGGCUCCUCUACUGAUUACAAAGCAUGUGUCAACAUUGCUAAUUUUUAUUACCAUAACGGAUGGACAACUAUGGAUUCAGAAAUUUAUUUGGACUAUGAUUUAGAACUGAAAUUUUUUUUAAAACCUUAUCAGUUAAAAGGUCUAAAUGUUUCAGAUUAAUAUAUGAAUGUAAAUCUGAGAUAAAAGUCUAACCCAAUAAUUUAUAGUGAUUCUAUUGGAUUGUUGUUGUUUAAAAAUACACAGAUAGUGUACACAUUUAUGGAGGAUCUAGUUUCCUUAACAAUGAUGUUUUGGAUUAAACCAUAAAAUAUAAAAUCGCUUUUUUAGUUUAUUUCUUUGACUGAUGAUUCAUUGUAGUCGACAAGCUUAGGUUUUGGAGUAAAUUUAGAUUAUUAAUUAUAAUUUCAUUAAAAUUAUAGUAAUUAUUUCUUAGGUUUACUUGGUAAUAAAACAUGGUUUCAUGUGACAGCAGGUGUUUUGGAGCUAAGUUAUAAUGCUGAUUUUAUUCCAACAAAUUAAAAAAAGCUAUUAAGAGUUUAUAUUAAUAGUGAAUAGGUUUCAUAGAAAAUCAUAUACAACAUAAGAUCAUACAAAAGAUUAAUUUUUGGACCACUAUUUAUUGAUACUAUUGGAGCAGAAAUGAUUGAUAUUUAAGAUAUCAGAAUUUUUAAAGGUUAUGGCAUUUAAGAAGGUCGAGGAGAUUGCUUACUAUUUGUUGGGUCAUAUUGUGCAUUCUGUUAACCUAAUACUCAUUAUUGCUAUGAGCAAGAUCCAAAUGAUGAUACAAAUAUUUAUAUUUGUGCAGCUGGCUUUUAUGAAACUUAGAACGGCUGUUAUCCUAUAACGAUAUAGAAUUGUCUUAGACAAUAAAGACAAUAGUGUAAAAUUUGUGCAGAUAAUUACAAUUUAUAAAACGGAUAGUGCUAUUAGAUAGAUUCUUUAGUGUCUCCAUAUGCUUGCUAAGAUUCUAAUGCAAUAUUUUGCAUUAGAAACAUAUUGAAAUCUAUUGCUGAGAAGACCAUUAUUGAAAUGAGCAAACUUUGUAAAACUAAUUUUAACACUUAGAAUAUUAAGGCUCAUUGCCAAGAAGAUUUAUCAAAUAAUUGCUUGUAGGCUCAAUACUUUUAAAAAUGCUUUAAAUGCAGAAAAGAUUACUAUUUAACAGAAUUAAAUACAUGUGAAAAGACUUGUACACAGGAUUACAGAUUUUCAUAUAAUCAAGUUUGCCUAAAAAAGUGUCCAGAAAAAUAUUUAUACGAGUAUGAUUGUAAAAAUACAUAAUAACAACUUAUAUACACAUGCAACAGUGUGAAAAAUUGCAAAAAUAACGUAAGUAAUAUCAGUUAUUAUUGUCUAAAUGAUAUCGAAUUAACGGGUAAGUAUUUAAAAUGUGAUCAUCCUAAUUCAAACUAGGAUAAUAAAAACUAACUGGAUUGCCACUUAUCUUGUAAAUAUUGCUUUGGUGGAAAGGAAAAUCAAUGUCUGGGCUGUUAUGAAGAUUAAUUCUUUAGUCCUUAUGAUACAACUUGUGUGAAGGAUUGCAAUAAUCUUAGAAUGUUCAAAUAUAAUAAUAGAGAUACAAUGGUUUGCGAAAUAGAAUGUCCACGACCUUAUUUAACAUAGGAAUUAGAAUGUGUCAAGAAUUGUAAAUAUGGCUAUGCUAUUUAUAAUGCUACAGUAUGUCUUCCAAAAACUAAAAUUACAGAUAAUUUCUUAAUGACUUAUUAUGAUACUUCCCAAUAAAUAACUAUAUUUGUUGAUUGUCCUGAAGUUUGCUAAACAUGCAUAAGUGAAAAAAUUUGUACUAGUUGUCUAAAUCAUUAUAUUUUAAACGACAAUAAAUGUCUUACAACAUGCUAUCCACAAUAUCUCUAUGUUAAUAAAGAUUAUGUCAAUCAUUGCUUAAAUAACUGUGAUCCAAAUGAUUUUGUAUAUGAUAAUGUUAAUAUUGACGGAUAUUCAAUUAGACAAUGCUUCAAACUUAAAUGUGGCUCUAUCUAGAUUAAUAAAAAGUAAUAAACUUAUUUACAUUAAACGAAAUAUCGUACUUGUGUUUAUCCAUGUGACGAUCAGUAUUAUCCUGAAUAAAAAACAAAUUAAUGCUCUAAAUGCAACUCACCUUGUUAUAAUUGUUAAAACUCAGCUAAUUUUUGUACUAAAUGCUUGCCAGGUUUAUUUCUAUAAGAUAAUAGUUGUAUAAAUCCCUGCAUUUCUAAAUUUAAAAAUUAUAUCAAUAAUCAGUGCGAAGACACAUGCUCUAGCGGAUUUACAAUUAACGAUAAAAUUAAUGGCAUUAAAUAUCAAGGCUGUGUUUCUUUUUGUGGGGAAAUAUUUUCUAUGUUCCUUUAUAUACUCAAUUUUUAAUGCUACCAGACUCCCCCCAUUGGAGCGUAUUGCAUAGGCUACUAAUGUUACGAUUGCUAUUAUUAAUGCAAGACUUGUUCUGGUCCCUAACAAAAUGAAUGUUUAUCUUGUUAUGAUAACACAUUUUUUUUUGAUAAUUAGUGUGUAGUAGAUUGUGAUACUUAGUUUCAUGAUUUAUUAAAUUGGAAAUGCGUCGAUGUUUGCCCAAGCAAUUCAUACACUACUACAUCUCUCAAUAUAUUAAUUAAUACAGAAGUUAAACUAAAAAUAUUCUGUUCCUCCACGUGCUUACAUAAUUAAUUCUAAUAUUAGGAUUAAUGUACUGAUACCUAACCAGAAGGAACUUCCUGUGUUCAAAAGUCUGAUUAUAAAUUAUGUGAUAAAUGUGUAACUGAAUGUGAGGAAUGUGUUGACCACUAUUCAACUACGUGUUAGAAAUGUAAUCCAGGAUUUUAUUUAUACAAUACUACUUGCUCAUAGGAAUGUCCUGAUGAUAUUCCUUAUAAAGAUACACUUAAAAAUAUCUGUGUUGAUUUUUGUGACAAUAAUUAUUAUCAUUAAAAUGGAUUUUGCGUUGCUAGCUGUUUAGAAAAUUAUUACAGAUACGAUGCUCAGAAAUAAUGUUAUGAAUUUGAUUGUCCAAAAGGAACGUAUAACAAAGUUUCUACACUUAAUUGUUACGAUUGUUCUCAAGGAUGUGCUACUUGUCAGGAUGGAAAAUCAAAUUCAUGUAUCACAUGUAAAGAAGGAUAUUUUCUGCAAGGUACUUCAAGAUGUACAAAUGUCUGUAAUGUGAGUCCAGAUCUUUAUUAAGAUUGGAUUAAUGGAAAAUGUGUUAACUAGUGUCCAACUGGAACAUACUUGUAAACUUUACCUAGUGAGUAACUAGCAUGUAAAAACACUUGUCCUUUAUAUUAUUAUUCGAAUCUUUGUGUUGCAAUAUGUCCUGUUCAAUCUUUUCUUGAAGGAACAACUUGCACUUCAUGUGCAGGAGCUUGUAGGCUGUGUUAUGGUAGAUAAGCUAACCAAUGCACAUAAUGUAAUUCUGGAUAUUAUUUGGCUGAUACUACUUGUGUUGAAAUAUGCCCAAAUGCAACGCCUUAUUAAAAUCUAGCUGAUUAAACUUGUGUCUCAAUUUGCCCACAAAAUCAUUUCUUGUAUUUAGCAAAAAAAUACUGUUUUAGCUAUUGUCCAAGUACCUUAACUAUUUAUCAAUUAAAUGGUAAAAAUGAAUGUGUUGAUUAAUGUUAUUCUAACUCUUAUCUAUACUCAAGAACGUGCUAUCCAUGCCAUAGUUAUUGUUAAGAAUGCUAUGGACCAAAAAAUGGAAAUUGUUUAUCAUGUUCAUCAGAAUACUAUUUUUAUGAAUAAAAAUGUGAAAUAUCUUGUCCAUCAUAAUUAUACACUGAUUUACUAGAUAGAAAGUGUAAAGUGUCUUGUCCAUCCACUACUGUUAUAUAAGGUUAGUAUUGUAAAACCAAUUGUGAUACAAAUUAUUAUUAAUAUGGCUAACUUUGUGUCCUAAACUGUCCACAAUUUACCUACAAAUUAAGUGACAAAUGUUUACUUUGCAACCCUCUAUGUAGGUCUUGUAGUGGACCUUUAGCAACUUAGUGUUCUUCCUGCUUAGAAAAUUAUUUAUUAAAAGGCAGUACUUGUACACAAGCUUGCCCAAACCUAUAUGAUUACGAGACAUAACAAUGUGUGAGCACUUGUGAUAAAAAGCAUGAGUUAACUGAUUUCAAAAGUUGUGUGACAACUUGUCCUGCUGGAUAUCUAUAAUGUAGUGGAAAAUGUUUGAAAACUCCACCAGAUGGGUAUUAUUCAGAUGGAGUAUAUUGCAUCUAAUGCAAUAGCAAAUGUACCAAAUGCACAUCCCUAAAUAUAUGUUAAGCGUGCAGUAGAAACUACUUUCUAACUUUGUAGACCUGUGAUAAGAUUUGUACUAAUAAAUAUCUUUACAUGGAUCCAACAACAUAGACUUGCGUUACAAAAUGUCCACCCUAACUUUUUCAUUAAGAAUCUUAUGAUAAAAGGAGUUGUGUUUAGGAUUGUUUUUUAGGCUUUAAAUUUAAUGAUUAAUGCGUUAAUUCUUGCCCAAAAGGAAUGUAUAUUAUGAAUAAUUUCUGUACAAAUUGCCCUUAGAAAUGUGAAGAAUGCACUUCAGUAACAAAUUGCACUGCAUGCUCUCAAAAUUAUUUUUUGGAAAAUGGAAGGUGUUAGUUAGGUUGUUUGGUUGGCAAAAUGGAUUAUACCACUCAUGAAUGUGUCUCAUAAUGCGAUCCAUCAUUAUUUGAAUAUCAAAACUCAUGUUUAGUUAGCUGUCCCACAAAUCCAGUAUUAUAUUAUCAUUCAAAUAUUUGUAUGGAUGCAUGUCCAAAAAAUACAUUCUAGAAUAAUUAAGAAUGUCUUGAUUGCGAUGUGUCAUGUUCAUCAUGUAUUGGCCCAUCAAACAAUGAUUGUCUAGUUUGCAAAGAAACUUAUUACUUGCAUGACUAAUAAUGUACUCUCACUUGUCCUCAUUUAUAUAAUGAAGUAGAUAGAUCUUGUGUUAUUUCUUGUCCUCCAAAUCUUCUUUUAGAUGGAAAUAAAUGUAUUUUGAUUUGUAGAUAGUACAUUUACUCUAAUGCUUGUUUGUCAAACUGUCCACCUGGAACACACGAUGCAAAUUUCAUAUGCUACGAUUGCUCUUAGGAUUGUCUAGAAUGCGAUUCUUUUGGCUGUAUUAAAUGUGGCAAUGGAUCAUUUUUAAAUGAUGGAAUUUGUAGUAAUUUUUGCCCAUACUAUUACAAUAUUAUUUUAAAUCAAUGUGAGGAAUAAUGUCCUGAAGGAACAUUUCUUUAUAUUGAUCAAUGCUAUGCAUCUUGUCCAGCUAAUACAUAUACAUAUCUGUAAACAUGCCUUUUAGACUGUCCUUGGAGAACAACUUUAAUAGAAUCUAUUUGCUACUAAUGUCCAGAGAGAUGUUCAGUUUGUAAAAAUUAAUAUGAAUGUCUUAAUUGUGAUGAACCUUAUUACUAAUAUAAAGGAGAAUGUGUUGUGGCAUGUCCGAUUGUACUUCCCUAUUAAAAUAAAAUUUAUCAUGAAUGUUAAUCGGAAUGUUCACCAAAUACAUAUGAAAAAGGAUAUGAAUGCGUUAAAGAAUGCGAUUUAAUUAUCUAUUAGAAUAAAUGUUUAAAACAAUGUCCCUAUGGUUAUUAUGGUAAUACUAUAUGUAAGGCAUGUAAAUUAGAGUGCAAGGCUUGCACUGAUUUUAAUAUAUGCACAGAAUGUUCAGAUAAUUUUUACCUUGAGUAUAACUCAUGUGAUACAUAAUGUACAAGAAUCAUAGAUUUGAAAUAAAAGAAGUGCGUUGAUUCAUGUUCUUCUCUUUUGUAUCAAAAUGUGUGCUAUGAAACUUGUCCUAUAAACACCUAUUAAUAUAAAAAUACUUGUCUUCGAAAGUGCUUAGAUGGAUAUUUUGGUUCUAUAGAUUUCAAAUGCGAAAAAUGCCCUUUUUAAUGUAUCACAUGCAUCUCAUUUAACAUUUGUAACAGUUGUAACGUCGGAUAUUAUUUAUUUCAAAAUUAAUGUUUAGAUUAAUGUCCUGAUAAAUUAUUUUCAAACCCAUUAAUCAGUCAAUGUUCAUAAUCAUGUCCAGGUAAAACAUUCACUUUUAAAAAUUCAUGCCUGUAUCAAUGUCCAAGUGAUUAUUUUAAUGACACCGAAAGUUAUAAAUGUGUUUCAUCUUGUGGCAAACAACAAUAUCCUGAUAACAAAAAUUGUUAUCCCUGCUCAUUUUAAUGUGACUAAUGCACAGCAUAUGGAAAUUAAAAUUGCAUAGCAUGUGCGGCUAAUUACGUUUUAACUGAAGAUGGACGUUGUUUUGGAAAAUGUAAAGAUGGUUAUUAUUAAACGUCUAAUUCCUGUGAGCAAUGCUUACAUAAAUGUCUGACUUGUUAAAAUGGCACAGAAUGUUUAUAAUGCAGAGGAAUGAAUAGAGAACAAAUUGACUGCUCAUGUCCAAGAGGAUUUUAUGAUGAUCCAUUCUAUGAUAAUUGUUAAUAAUGUCCUUGCGAGGAAUGUACUUCUGAAUCUGAGUGUUUAGUCUGCAAAAAUAACCUAUAAGUACCCAACUGUUCAUGCAACAGGAGACUUAAUAAUGAUUGGUGUAUUACUUGUUUAAUAGCAUCUGUCAAUAUAUAUUAUUCGGAUGACCUAAAUUCAAUAAUAGUUUAUUUUGGAUAUUUAAUAUCUGUUAAUUUAAUUAAUCCGUUCGAACCCUCAAGCUGUUCUUUUUGGUUUAAUAAUGCUGAAAUAUUUGGACAAGAUGCUUAAUGCUACUUGUCAUGGGACAGAUAUGCAGUUCACAUCUUAUUGGAGCUUUACGCUUCUGUAAAUAUUGGAGAUGAAUUAAGUUUCUAAUAAUCUUUUUACCUAGAUGUAAAUGAAGGUCUUUGUAAUGGAUAAUAUAUUGAGACAUUUAUUGAUAGUACUGUGAAGGCACCAUCAUCUUAAACAAAACCUUAUAUACUUUUUGAUGUACCAUCUGUUGUAAGUACUUGUAAGACUAUUGAAAUUAAACAAAUAUUACUCGAAGGAACAGCAAAGAAGAUUCAAGAGGUGUUAUUUUGGACCCUUCAUGAAAUGGAAAAUGAUGAUUACUAUUUUGAAAUGGAGGCAUUCUUAGGAAAUUAAAAAAAUGAAUUCAUCAUUCCUAUAGGUACCCUAGCUUCUAAUGUUACAUAUACCAUAACAGCCAAAUAUAUUAAUUUCAUAAAAAGAGUGAAUUUCACAACAUUCACAUUCACCACACUACCAGAUCUUGUUCCUUAUGUCUUUCUAUAAUAUAAUCCUUUGAUGGCUAGGGUCUAUGUUUUUGAUUGUAAAGUCACAUAUUCUGACAUGAAAAAUGAAUUCAAUUUGACUAUUUAAGUAUCUGAUUCCAAUAAUAAAACUUAUUUAGUCAUAAAGCAAUCCAUUAAUCCAAUUUAUGAAGUUCUAUUAGACGAAUCUCUUUUACCCAAAGAAACACCAUUACUUUUUAUGGCAUCAACAGGAAGCUCUGUAAUUCAUGAAAAGAUAUGGCUAAAAUCAAAAAGGAUUGAAAUUUAAUUCCAUUAAAAGAAUAGAUUUAUUGGAUUAGACAAUUAAAUUAAUUCAAGAGCCUUUGAUAGAAAUAUAUAAGAUGUAGUGUUAAGUACUUUAAAUAUUUAAUAUUAAUGGUAAUGUAAUAAUUUAUUCAAUUUAUAACCUUGUAAGACAAAAGAAAAUAAAAUUAUGGAAUUUCCAUCCAGAAGAAUUGUUGAUAUCCUUGCAGAUAGUUAAAAUACUACUUUCGUCUUUUUUGUUAAAGCAUCUAAAGACACGAGAUGGACAGUAAAGGAAUAGUUGAUAGUUGUCACAGAUUUUGAAAUCGAGGAAGAAUUCGUAUUAAAUUAAGAAGUACCUCAAAAUACUGUGAAUCUAAAUAAUGAAAUAACUAUUUUAAUUAAAAAUAAUUAAAAAUAUGCUUUCAUUAUGUAAGAAUUCAAAAUUUUGGCUUCUAUCAAAUCUAAAGACUCAACUUUAAAGAUUAGGCUCGCGGGAUUGACAACCAAUUAUAAAAGUCCUGUGUACAUAUAUCUAGUUCCAGGCAAUGAAUCUAUAUCAUUUCAACUUAACAGUCCUCCUUCUGAAGUUUAAUUCAAAAUUUAUCCUUUUGUAGGUGAAUCUUUAGAUUACUUUAACUAUUCAAUCCAAAACCUACAACCUGGAAACAAUUUUAGCAUUUAUUACUAUUUUGAGAUUUAUAUUCUCUAAAUUGAUGUAAUUCAAUAAUCCAUCGAUUAUGGUAUUCCUUUGGUGAUUAAUUCUCAAGAAUUGACAGGUUCCUUUUAACUUCCAAAUGGAAUUGUUGAUGAUGCGAUAUCCAUUCUAUGUUAAAUUGAAUCCUCAAAAGGAUCAAAGUCGUAUUUAGUAUAGUAUAUUCAAGUCAAUAGAAAAAAUUAUCAGAUAAAUAAAUUAUAUUAAGCCUUCAAUAAUCAAACUAAUUUUUCAAAUUUGCAAAGUAUUCACACUAUGACUAAACUAAUGGAAAUUGAAUAAUAAUAGGUUUGCUUGAAACAAUGUUCAGGCGUUGGUACAUGCUUUGAUAAAAAGUGCAAAUGUCCUCCAGAAUAUUAUUUUGACGACUGCAGUGGAACCCUAUAGGAACAUAAUAAUUUCAGCAACCUUAUUUUAAAUGCUUUACAAUAAUUAAUUAAAAUUCCAAUAACAAAUGAUGAUGAGUUUAGAUUAUUUAGUUAAUCUUUAUUGUACUUAUCCACUCUAAUUGAUUUAAAUAAUACAAUUACAAAUUUAGAUUGCUAAUAAAUUUUAGAACAAUACAUUUAAAAUCUUAAUUCAAGAUUAUAAAAAAUCAAUCAAUACUCAAUUAAUCUUCAAUAUCAGUCAACCACUUAUCUUAAUUACUCUCAAAUUGAUAUAAGAUCAUUUAAAAAUUAGAAUGAUUUGCACACAGCCUUAAAGAGCACAGUAAUUAUGUGGGCCAUAACUUUAUUUACUUAAGACUCUGCUGUCUAUUAAUUGCAAAGUCGCUUAAAAGACUUUUUGUCAGCCAUAAUAGAACUGUCUCUAUUUGGUAUUGAACUCAACGAAUCUAUUGAUUACUCCUUUGAUAUAGCCUUUUUAAAAAUUUAAAGAGUUAGUAAUAUAUCUAAUAUCACAAAGGAAAGAAUAUUAGUUGAAACCACUGGAAAUCAUUUCAGUGAUUCAGAAUACUAUGACGUUGUUUAAGCUAUAUAUAUUCGAAAUUAUUUCUCUUUUGAUGGUUACUAUCCCUAUCCUUUAUAAUUAUAUCCUCUUUACGAUUACUAAAUACGUCAAUAAAAUAGAAAAUAAAAUAUUUUAUUAUCGACAUACAUCUCAUACAAAUUUAAAGCACUUAAUGAUACUACAAAUUUGGUUUGCUUAAUGAGAAAUUCUUAGACAUAUGAAUGGUCAAAUCAUAAUUGCACACUUCAUGAAUUGAAUACAUCCUAUUUUUGUAAUUGUACAACACUUGCGCCAACAACUAUUUGUAAUGAUUAUGACUACCUUUAUUUAAGAUCUCCUUAGUUCUAAUUAAAAAUUCCCAAUCUGUUAUAUAUUAUUUACUUUGCAUAACUAAUCAUAUUAGGGAUAUUUUUCAUUUAGGCAGGGAAGUCUCAGCGUGAUAAAUCUAUAGAUAAUAAUAAAUUUGGCUAAGUUAUGAAAUUGGCAAAAAGGAGCAAAGCAGCAAUUUAAGGAAAUAAAAUAAUUCCUAUUGAGGAUGAAAAACCAACAGCUUCAAUUGAAUUCAAAUUACAGUAAAAUACAUAGCAACAGGCAGAUAAAGACAAGUUUAGUCUUAAUAACUUUUGGAAAUAUCAUUUUCUAACUUCAAUUAUUUAUAAAAAAAUUUGUUACUUUAGCUCAAUUCAACGUUCUAUUUUGAUUUUAUUGAGGUGGAAUCAAGCUAUUAUUAUUGGAGAAAUCUUAAGUGUUAUUGGAUUCAAUUAUGAUAUUUCUAUGUGGAUCAUCCUAUCAUCAAUCGUUUUUAGUAGAAUUUUUGAGUACAUUUUCAAAGUAAUCAGUUUCUUCUAAUUUAGACUUAAAUCAAAUACUUUUUUUAUAUGA